AUGGAGGAAUUGGCCGAGUUUCAAAAUCAAAACUGGCCCGACCUAUUUCUCGCCAAAAAAGAAAGUGACAAGGAGCCUCCCAAACCCUUCCCCUGGGACAUAACUGAUUGUGAGAAGAAUAACAGGGGUCCAAGGUAUAUGCAUUAUACACCGCUCAACACCAGCAGGGCCAAGGUGUUGGAACAGGCCUUAGCCACAGAAGUCCUAGCUAUUCCUCGAAGAGCUAUGACCCCGCCUCACGCUGAUAAGACGAAAGCAUGCCAGUUCCACCGGAAUAGGGGGCACACUACUGAAGAGUGCUCUGCCCUUUGGGAUCACAUCGAAGACCUCGUCAAGGCCGGCCAUCUUCAAAACUUCAUUCGAUCGACAAAUAACAGAAAAAAUGACUACUACCCUGGCAUGGGGGAGUACAGAAGGGACAAUAGAGAUCGGGCACCUCCGCGGAACCAAUCCCGUGAGCGCAGCAGGUCCCAAGAUAGAAAUAAUCAGCGAGACCGUAAUCAGCCUAGGCGAGUGAUAAACACCAUUGCUGGAGGCUUUGCGGGAGGAAGAAGCUCAUCUUCGGCCCAAAAGAGACAUUUGAGGGCCAUCAAGUCGGUCAACGCUAUAGGAUGGGCGUCCCCCAUUCGUAUGCGCCCUAUAACAUUCACUGACCAAGAUUUCCAAGGCAUUGACCCGGUGCAAGAUGACCCGAUGGUCAUCAGCAUAGAGAUCAACAAUUGGUUUUCGGGUGAACGAGUAGACACUCGAGGAACGAUAGACUUGUAUACCUACUUCGGAGAUGACCAACGUAGACGAAUUAAGGUGCGUUACAUAGUGGUGCACGCUAACACUUCAUACAACAUUCUGCUAGGCCGACCCUCGCUGAACAAGCUCCGAGCCAUCGUCUCCACCCCACAUUUGGCUAUGAAGUUCCCAUCGGAGGAAGGGACCAUCAUCACUUUGCACGCCGAUCAGGAAACGGCACGCGAAUGUUACUUCGCCAGUUUAAAGGUACAGCCAACUCCAAAGCCAAGACGAGAUGUCAACGUCAUCGGCGAAGUUGGCCAACCAAAAUUAAUUGAAGGCCUAGAACUUGAUCCAAGGAUGGAGGAUGAAGAUAGGGUCGAACCUAUAGAAACAAGGAUUCCGUUCCAACUUGGAAAGAAUGAAGAACAGGUCACUUUUUUGAGUUCUCAACUAUUUGAAGUAGAGGCUAAAAAUAUUAAGCAGGUCCUAUGA